AUGUCUGAUGAAGGAUACGAUCCUCGUAAAUCCAAAGUGUCCGAUGACACAAUGGACGUGUGGAGACAAGAGGCCGUUACGGGAGAUUUAAGUGAAGUGCCGGGCAUUGGACCGGCCGCGAUUAAAAAGCUGGCAGCCAGCACCGACGAGAUUACCAACACUUACCAAUUAUUUGGAAAAUACUUGAUGCUCAAAGGUCCUGACAAGAACGGGAACAAAGUCGAGCCACUGGAACACAACGAAAAGUUUUGGUGGUUCCUCAAAAAUAUAGGAAUCACCGCGCAUCGAUCCGCCAUUGUGAAAGCCAUUGCUGAGAAAUCCGCGACGUAUUUCCGCGAUAUUUACGACGCUAAUCUCUAUGAGUCCGAGGAGGAAGAGGAAGAAGAAAAAGAGUAA